AUGAUGGAAGAAGGCGACGAUGUGCUCGAACACAUCAACAAGCUCAAGACGCUGGCGGAACAGCUAGAAGCGGUGGGGGGCUCCAGUCUGCGAGGACGAUCUGGUGAUCACACUUCUCGGCAGCCUGAGUGA